UCCACGUGUGUUUUGAAACGAGACAUUCCGUAAUGACAACACACAGAUGUGUUGGAUUGAUGAACAAAAUCACAAUAUAUCGUAAGUUUGUGUUGACGGUCAUAAUAUUCGUCAGUGUUACCCUUUCAUAUGAAAGAUGGAGCGGAUAUUCACAUGAACGGGACAUACAGGAUCAACCGCUAGUUAUAAUACACAACACAUCGCACUGGGUGAAUAAAACAACAAAAACUGUGUUAGUAUGGACCGAAUUAUUUUCUAACAACACCUGGGUCGAAACAUUUAAGGACGCGUUUCAACAAUGCAAGUUUAAGUGCGUGGCGACUUCUGAUAAAUCAGACAUCAAAUCCGCGGAUGCUGUAAUAUUUCAUCUCCGGGAUAUAAAUAGUAGACCUCCGGAUUACAGGGACAAAAGUCAAGUUUGGAUUGCCACUAAUGCAGAAGCACCUACACAUAUUACACUAGAUUAUUAUUUUAAACAAGUAAACGGUAUGUUUAACUGGACCAUGUCAUAUAGACGUGAUUCUACAGUGAAAAAUUAUUACGGCCGUUUUCGACGUCUAACAAGAGACGAACAAACCAAAUAUGUACAUACUGAUUAUGCAACAACAAAAUCCAAAAUGGCGGUGUCGAUUGUUAGUAAUUGCGACGACAAUGCAGAUCGACAGAAAAUUUUGACAGAACUUGGGCGAUAUAUUGAGCUCGAUCAAUACGGCACCUGUGGAUAUCUAGAUUGCCCACGAACAGAUACGCCCACAUGCACAUCCAGUGCAUAUCGAUAUAGGAUUGCUUUGGAGAAUUCAAUCUGUCAGGAUUACAUAACCGAAAAGUUUUGGAACUCUCUAAACGACGAUGUCAUUCCUGUGGUGAAUUGGCCAUGGAUUGACGACUUGGUAACGAAAGAACUUGUACCCCCGAACUCUUUCAUCAAUUUAUAUGACUUUAAAUCCGUCGCAGAUCUAGGUAAAUACUUGAACUAUCUAGCUGGUAACUACUCUGAGUACAACAGUUAUUUUGAAUGGAAGAAACAAUAUCGUUUGUGGGAUUUAUACAGGAGCAGCAUCGACCUUUGCACUGAAUUACAUCAGCCGAGGAAGGAUCAGGAAAUCCCAGAUUUAUGGAAAUGGUUGCAGAAUGAUACCAGCACAUGCAAGCGCGAUCCUGCUUUAAUACGGGCAUUUCGAAGAAUGCGAAACUUCCUGUGGGGUUAGGGAUGGCGAUGCGCUCCAUGAUGUUUGCAACUAGAUUUCGGAGGUAUGGGUAUAGGAGAGGGAAUGCGGACGUUUGGAUAUAUGUGUGGUAUGCGUGAGGGAGUGAUGGUGUAUUGAGGUAUGUGUGGUAUGCGUGAGGGAGUGAUGGUGUAUGGAGGUAUGUGUGGUAUGCGUGAGGGAGUGAUGGUGUAUGGAGGUAUGUGUGGUAUGCGUGAGGGAGUGAUGGUGUAUUGAGGUAUGUGUGAUAUGUGUGAGGGAGUGAUGUUGUAUUGAGGUAUAUGUGAUUUGUGCCAUCAAAACAAAACACGAUAUUGUGUGACGAGAAUUGUUUGAUGAAGCGUUAAUUGUUUUAAGUGAAAAUUUGCAUAAGAAACAAGACACUUAAUAGAUUAUUAAAUACUCAUACCAGAUUUUGUUUCACUUUCGAGACGGUUGAAAUUCUAGAGUAUAUGUCUCAGAUAAAUAGUAUCUUUGUUUACUGAGCCGAAUGGCAGAUCUCAUAUAGAGUGUGCUUUCUUGAGUUCGACAGCUCUUGUUAUUGUUUGAGUGACAUUUUUAUAAACUGCGUAUAUCAACACAGCUUAUGAUGUUUUUCAAUACCAAUAUACGAAAUCCUCUUGGAUAUUCUCAGAUUAUUUAGUUCAUCAAAGAAGCUUUCAAAUUUCAAAACAGUUGAACACAUAUUUCGCCCUACUAUCUUUUCAAAAUGUACCUGUCAUCCCUUCCUUGUGUGUAAUUCUUCUGUCAACUCGUUUAUGCUCGUUUACGUUUGAACCCGGGUCAAAAAUAGACUGGAUAUAUAAUUAACAUCCGGGUUCUACAACAAAAGAUUUAAAAUGAAAUGAUCCAAGAUUAACGUUUCGAAUUGAAAAAAAUUAUUUGGAGUCUAAGUUUUUACUGCAUUUAAAAAUUACCCAAAAUACAGCUAUAAAUAGCUUUUUGUUAUUUACAUUAACCAACUUUAAGUAAUAUACUACACAUGUCUUUCAGGUCUUAAAGGAAUGUGGUUAAUACUGCUUAUAUAUCCAUACUUCUCAAUUGUUUUCCAUUGUUGUUGACAGUUUUCCUUUUUAUUUAUUUGUUAACAUCCAUUUCUCCUGGAUAUUUAUCUAUGUGUACUAAUAUGUUAGUAAGAAUGUAUGGUAUGGUAUAUGUACCAAUGGUCCACAAAAGUUAAACAAACUGUAAAAUUGAUGGUACAACUUUGCCAUAGGAUGUUGCGUGUCUGACCCUCCUUUUUGUUCUGUUCGUGUUUUUUCUUACUGUACUGAAAGACAGAACUGUCAACAGAGGUAGACUAGAUAGCCACGAUGUAAUAUGGACUCGAACACAGACACGCGGAUAUGUUCAUUUUCAAACUAGAAUCCACCAGCAGAACGUCCCUAUACUUAAUUUUUGAGCAUCAUCUAUCGACUUAGCAUUGGUGAUUCAUAUUUGGUUAGAAUUUUCAUUAUUGGAUGCAAUUAGAUGGUAUACACAUAUCGGCAUUGACCCCAGGGGCUGAGUGGGGCCCUACCGGUAACUUUUCCAUAUAAAAUAAAACAAAGGUAAAAUAGUGUACAAAUGAAAAGUAUAUUUAUAUAAUGGUAUUUUAACAAAAAGCUAGCCGAUGGUGUUUGAUACAAUAAAAGGGUAUCUUAAUGACAUUGGGUAUUGGAAAGGCUCAUCUUAUCGUUACUACAAGACAUUUGUUAUUUUGUAUUUUAUAAUGUAAUAUUUUAAAUAAUGAAUUUUAUUGAAUUGUAUCAUUGCAUCCAGAUUUUGUUAUUUCUUUCGGUAUGGUUAGCGUUUCGGUAACCUCCCUCAUCACUGACGAGUCCAAGAAGGAGGAAACAGCUGUUUGGUGUAGUUGAAUUCAUUGAACUGUACUGUAGCUCUCAAAUAUUUGGAAAGGUGAUAUUAUCUUGUAUUUUGUAUAGUCUUAUAAAACAGAAGAUGCUAAUGACAAACACAUUACUCUAAACAGUUGGUUCAUAUAUAUAGUAGCCAUAUGAAAGGGUUCAGUAAUUUGCAAACAGACUUCACCUGGGAAACCAAACGCUGAAUAAAUUAUUGAUGUACGGAUACUCGUAUACCACCUGAUCCGCUUCGUUCCAUUUCCCUACCCGGGAAAACGAGUCUGACAUGUACUGUGUCAGGUCAUUGAUGCGAGACGUGACAUGUUAGAUCACAAGCCUUAUGCGUCGAUACUUUUAAAUAAUGUAUUAAUAAUGUCUUCAGUUAUUUGUUUACUGUGUGACUCGUUCCGAAUUAUUAAUAUGUUUACUCCCUAUAGUGUUACUUUUAAAGUAUAAACAGUAUUAUUUGUCAUCCUCUUGUCCUGUCAUACUCCCCUUUUUCAUUUAUCUUUAGUUAUGAUUAUCUGUGUCAUUCGCUGCUUGCCCUAUACUUGCAUACUUACAUUGUAUACAUAGUGUUUUUAACAAUGGUUGAAAAGCUAAUUUUCCUUUGAUGGUGAGGGCGGAGACUGUCGCUAUACUACAUAUCAGUUCCAUGCAACAUACAUUAUUCUGUAAUGGUAAUUCUUUUGUUUAGUGUAAAUCACUUACAUGUAGAUUUCGCGAAUACUUUAUUUCGCGAACUUACAUCUUCACACAUAUUCGCGAGUACUUUUUUUCGCGAACGUUUAUCUAGAAAUUACUUUUCGCGAAUGAUUACUAGCAGCUAUUAAAGCCAUGAAUUCUGCAAGAUUCCAAUAGCGGUAACCGAUAGCUUGGUCGCCAUCCAAAGAUGUUAUUUUCGUACAAAUAAUCGCAAGGAUUUGAAUCCGCGAUUGUUUUCCUCGCGUAUCAACGCGAAUAAAUCCCACGCGAAAUUUAAGUGAUUUACAGUAUACACUGUGGUGACCUUCGUUUGAAUCCCCGUCGGCAUCAUUAUACUAAUCCCUUGUUAAUAUCAUUUGUUUGUUACAUCAAUAUCUGUUCUUUAAGAUCUAAUGAUUACUUCACAUUCAUCAACAUCGAUAUCUCUUGCCAUUAUGAUAACCAAUAACUUAUACACCUUCCAUCCUCCUGUUGUGAGCACUUUCCUUUUAGGAAUGAAUUGGACUUUAAGACUUUAAAGAAACUUCCUUACAAAAGACUUUACUUUUUAACUAAACUGACAAUGACGCAGUAAAACAAAACUCUAACUCUAUUGACUUUUCUUUGCAAAGCGACGUUGACAACAUGAAUUAUUUUCUAAUUGAAACAAAUGUGACUGCCAUUGACCUAUAUGUACCACAUAGACCAGUAACUUAUAUACCUAUUGAUAAAACUUGACAACGAUAUGAGUCUGAAAAUAAGACAAAGAAAUUGUCAGCAUUCCAAAGCUAGAUUAUGCAAUGCAGCGGUCUCCUGGAACAAAUUGAUAUCAACUAGAAAAGACGUUAUUAUGGCAAAUCAGAAGGCAAAAGAAAACUUUCAUUCAAUAUUACAAUCUUCUCUUAUGAAUAAAUCUAUAUAUCAGCUACACAUUGUAAAUACCUAUAAACUUACUGGCCCUGACAGUUCUCUCAAAAUGUAUUAAAGGAAUCUCACAAUCUCUUGUGAGACCACUUGAUAAAUUAUUUAAUAAAUUUGUGUUAACCAGUAACCUACUUUCUUUGUGGAAAAAAGUCAACUCUAGUUUUUAAGGGCAAGAGGAGAAGAAGUGAUCUAUCCAAUAUCACACCAAUUUCUGAAAUGUCUGCCUUUAGCAAAUUGCUUGAAGAAUUAUUUCUAAAUACAUGUUUAACUACCUUUCAAGUCACAAUAUUAUCUCGAAGAGCCAAUCGGGCUUUCUACCUGAAGAUUAACCUGUUUUCCAAUUACUAAUUAUAUGGAUUUUGCGAUAUGAAUAAAGCAUUUAUGGCGGAUAUGACAACAGCGAUUAUAAAAGAAUCUAACAUGGGUCUGUUCCGUGGACAGGGAUAUCUCCCCCCCCCCCCCCCCCCCCCCCCCCCCCCGAAUGUAAGAGUUUGGCCAGUCAGCACGAGGUUGGCCGAUUGCUCGCUAGUCAAACUCUCGCGAGGGUUGAUAUAUCCUUGUUUGCGGUACAGAACCAUGUUUGAUUAUUUUUCUCUCAUAUAUCACAGCAAAUGUUAGUUUUUAUGAAAGUUUUUCAUGGCCCCAUAUACAAUGCUCCUUGAAAUGUGCGUCAAAACUGAUGACGUCAUCAUUUACAACAUGGUUUCUCAACAUAAAAUGAUGACGUUACGUUAUUGUGAGCAGCGUCAUAUUGCGCGUGCCAGCUGUUUUUACCUCCCUGUGUGAGAUCGGUUUAUCUUUUUCCUAGUAACCAUUGGAUAACGAUGUGAGGUAUGUGAGAAAUAUAAGUUAACAAUUAUUUUGUAUUAAUAUGUUAGAAUGGUUUACAUAAUUUCUUAUUGAUAGACAACGAAGAGUGAUUGUUGAUUGGUAUAGAGUCCAUUUGGAGAUAAAAUUAAAGCAGGGGUACUUCAGUGGUCACUUCUAGGUCCAUAUUUGUUUUUCAAUUUAUAUUUGCCCAGGUUUGAUACAUUGUUUUCUGUGAGUGAGGUUACGACCUCGCUUUGGCACACACAAUAUAUCUGUUACCCAAGUAUGUAUAAUGUCUAAUGAAUGACAAUGAAUGUUUUUAAAGUAUGUCAUAAUUUUUCGUUCUUUUUUGUUGUAAACUGUAUUUUUUUUUUACAGAUAUUUCAACUUGAUGCUCUGACGCGAUUCAUUUGAAAUAUCUAUAAAAAAGAAAAUUACAUGGCGACAAAAAUAAAUAGAUAAAUAAAUAAAAAGACAAAUCCUUGUUUUGAUACUGAGAUUUCUUGAAAUAAAUAUGCAUGCGUCAUGGCAUAGGUAUGUUCAACUUUAAACAGCAACAUGGUUACAUGUCUGACCAAGUCUAUAAAUUAGCAUACAUUUCAAUGAUGAUAAAAGGUUAUAUAUUAUAUAUGUUGUUCAAUUCCAUUGUAUUGUAUUUACGUAAUAUUUUUGUAUCUUUUUUAAACACAAUUUAUUAUAUACAAUAUAUAUUUAUAUAUGUACAUAUCUUUACACUUGGUCACUUUUGAUCAUGAAGUUUUGCUACUUAUUACAAUAUCAUCUAGAAAUUAAAAAAAUACAAACUGCA